GUUCUUCUUGGAAAUAAAUAUAAAUAGACAUUGUCGCCGCUUUUUUGUGCACUUUUUUUUAAAUUGGGGGUGAGAGGGCGGGUGGAGUGAUGUGUCGUGGUCUGCAGGGACGAGAUUAUGGAUAGUCUGGGAAAUUUGACGCACGGCACAAAUGCAACAUCAAAUCCAGGUCAGAAUUGUGUCGACUCCAGUGCUCCACCACUGGACAAGCUCCUCAUAGCUCCAUCACUGUCGUCGGUGAAUCAAGACCUGAGAUGGAUAUUUCCCCUCCACACCUACGGCUUCGCCUGUCUCUUCUUCGUCCUCAGUUUCUACACCCUCUUUUCGAUUUUGAAUCUGCGAUCUCUCAUCUCGAGCCGGCCGUUUAUGACGACCAUCAACAUCUUUCUGUGUUUGCUGGGUGUCUCAAGGUCCGCUUGCCUCUUCAUAGAUCCUUACAAUCUUCAAGAGACAAUGCCGAAGAUAAUUGGCUCAGUACUGUGGGACAUCGGUUUUCCCUGUGUGACCUCGGCCUUCUGCCUCAUCCAGCUAGCCUUCCUCCAGCUGACCCAGCUUAAAUUCGGACCGGAGAGGAUGCAGAAGGAGUCGUGCCUGAGUCUCAUCAUAACAUGCCACUUCUCCUGCAUAAUAGCGAGCGACAUAGCCCUGGCGGUUCACAAUCACUUCAUCACAAAGUACAUCGUACAAACAAUUUUCCUCACCUGGAGUAUACUUCUGUACCUGACCUUCCUCCACGCUGGAUACAAAAUCAUGCACUUGCUGAGAACAUUACCCAAUAAUUUGUUAACGCGUGAUAAUUCAGUGGCUAAUCAGAAGGGAAUAAUGCAGUUGGCCAUGCUCGCGCCUUACAAUAAUCUAGCCACUUCCGUUGCUGCGGCCUUGGUGCCUACCUUGCUCAAUCCUAAAUACAAAACUGAUGACAAUGAGGCCGUCAAUGUGGAUGAGGGCCGGAAAGAUGUGUCAUCAGCAUUGGAAGAGUGGCGAGAGUCCCCCGAGCUCCCGGCCAAGAAAUUGGAGGAGCCGGCUACAUCAACGGUGCCGGAGGUGUACGUUCGACCACCAACGCCAACCCCAGCAGCAGUUAAUCUUCCAAUAAUUACGGUAUCGAGUCCAAGCAGGCGAAGUUCAAUCGCCAGCAGUCGCAGGGGCAGCGAUGCCUCCAAGGGCUCGCGCAGGGGCUCUGAUUGCAGCGUUAGAUUUACUAAUGACAAUGCCUCCCAGGGGGAGGGCAGCAGCAGACCGAUUACUCCGGAGGGAAUACACAGGCGGCACUCGGACAUGCCCACGCCGAGUGGGAGCAAUAAGGAUCUGAGGAGGUGCUCGGAUUUUACGCACGAGAAGAACAGGAGCUCGCAGUUUGCCACGAAGCUCAGGAGAAACUCGGAUUUUGGGAACAGAACACCCAAGAGGAUGAUCUCUAACGAGGGACCGAGGCUGUCGAAGGUGCUGGAUGUCAGUCCUGUCGGAUCCCGCAGAAAUUCAGAUAUCAGUGGUCUGGCCGCAGUAAAGACGCCCGAGUCCCGCAGGAAUUCCGACGUGUCCUACCGCCGUAACUCCGAGUUCUCCGGGAUAAGCCCGCUGGUGAUAAACCGUCGAAGCAGUGACGUGAGCAUCAGAACCCUCGACAAAAGUCCCACCCACUUCCAAACAUCAAUUCCCAAGAUGGAAAUUCCGGAAAAAUCGGAGUCCGACUCUGAUCAUCCGGAUUGCAACGAGAAGGCUGCGCUCAUGGCGAUUGACGAGCCCAAGGAUAAGCCGGAGGAUGGAAAGCACAGGAAGAAGAGCUUAUCCUGGAAGAACGUGGAGGUUCUCAAGGGGGAGGAGGAUAUCACCGCUGCCAGCACUCUCCUUCCCGAGGGGGACAGAGUCGCGAGUGAUUUCACGCUUCAUGCCAUUCUAAAUCACAUUGCUUACGUGAAUCGCGCGAAAUCCGAUAUUCCACUUCACAUACCGGAAGCCAGCACCGCAGCUGCCAGGAAGUCGCAGAUCAAGAGGGUUCUUAAUGUCACUUAUGCCACUGCUAUCAUGGGGAUCAUUCUGUGCGUUGCUGAUAUCGCUAGGAUCUUUGGAUCUUAUGGUCUUCUGGGUGAAGCCCUGAGGUACGGAAAAUCCUCCGGUCCAGUGGAAUACCCAAAACCGUGGCCCUGGCUCAUCUACCAAACAAUCUGCCGUGCACUGGAACUGAUUAUGGGAUGUGCAAUGGCGAGCAUAACAAAGCAACCCUCAGUGAGUCCUCGACACCAGUACUUCAAUAACUACCGCAGCUACAGCGCGGGCCUGAAGCCGCAGCCCUUCAUCUAA